AUGAACAAAGCGGACGGACCAUGUCGACCCGCCGCCUCUCUGACGUUCACCAUUGACAGCAUCCUCAACCUGAAGACGAGCGGGCGGCGCUGUGACAAGCUGUCACCACGCGGGGAGCGCACGGUGACGCUGCCGCAAGCCGUGCGUAAAGACGCCAUCCAGAGUCAGCACGCGGCCCAGAAGGGACGGGACCCGGAGUCGGACAGCAGGCUUCAUGAAACCGACUUGAUCACCGACUGCAGCGGAUCUGAAUCCGCCGGAGACCCGACGAAGGCGACGGAGGUGCGCUUCGAGAGCGGGGACAGCAGCUGCGACGACAGCAGCUCCACCACCGCGACGCGCGUGGCCACGCACAAAGGGAGCAGCAGCCCCUCCAAGAAAAACAAAGUGAUUACCAAAAAGAAAACGCGCACGAUUUUCUCCAAGAGACAGAUCUUCCAGCUGGAGUCUACCUUCGACAUGAAGCGCUACCUGAGCAGCGCAGAGCGCGCGUGCCUGGCCAGCUCCCUGCAGCUGACCGAGACUCAGGUCAAAAUCUGGUUUCAGAACCGCAGGAAUAAAUUGAAACGGCAGAUCUCCACCGAAAUGGACGGACCCGUUACAGAGUUCCCCGAAGCCGGGAAAGCCGUGGUGGUGGGCCAACUUCCGGCCCUGUACAAAGAGAACAACCUGCUGGGGCGAUGCCUGCUGCCCAUGCCUCUGCCCGUCGUUUACCCAGGAAGCACCGCGCCUUACCUCUGCUUCUCCAACGCCAGCAAGUACUUCAGCGUGUACGACGCGGACGUAUGA